AGAUUGGCUUCGGUUACAGCCGUGGAAGAUGUUUAAAGUACGGACUUCCUUGCGCUAUCUAUGCUUGAUCCACGCCUUGUCAUUCGGAAGUGCCCUGGACGCCGCGAACUGGAUGAGGGACAACAUAGCAUGGCUUGGCUACAGGACACUCAAGCAGCUCUGUGUCCCAGGAACUCACAAUUCUGGAAUGAAUAGAUUCAGUGGUGGGACUAGCUUUGCUAAGCCCUGCAACACCCUAAAUCAAAGCCAGAGCAUCCUGAAACAGCUCGAGCUGGGGGUUAGGUACUUGGAUAUAAGACCUGUGAUAGCAGAUGGCAGGUUAUUGACAGGACAUUAUACUAAGAUAGCCAGCUUCUCUUGGCAAGGAGGAAAUGGCCAGUCAAUGGAUUCUAUCGUCGACGAAAUUAACAGCUUUACCAGGAGCCAUAAUGAGUUGAUCAUGAUCAGUCUAUCGCAUGCCCUCAAUACCGACGUUGGUAACAGAUAUUAUAGAGCUUUCAUCAAAGAAGAAUGGGACAGGCUCUUCCGUCUUUUGGAUAGAACGAAAUUCUUGAUAAACGGUACAUCGUUCACAUUCUUCCCAUGGAUGACUUUGUCAGAUCUGACCAAAAAUGGAACUACGGCUGCAGUUUUAUAUACCGUCGAUAGCUUGUUCACUUCGGUCUUCGUCGGGAAGCGUGUAGGGUAUGGAUUCUUCUACAGGAAUAGUCUAGGACCUUUUAACAGAUUUUCGGAUUCGAACAUAUUUUCCACUAUGUUCGAUGAUCAGAUUAAGAAGAUGAGGAUUUGGUCAAAGAGUGCUUACUUUUUACUCUCGUGGACUCUAACCCAGUCACCGCUUGACGCAACUCUGUGUCCUUUACGAAACAGCCUCCACCAACUCGCCCUUGAGGCUAACAAAUUUCUCAGGAAUCUAUUAAAGGAAACAACCAGCAGUGCCUUCCCAAACAUCAUAUCUUUGGACUUUGUCGAAACUCCGUUGGUAACUGAAGUAGCAAUAGAAGUCAACAGAAAAGUGAAGUAUUGAAAUGCUGGUAGUUGAUUGCGAAACAUUAUUAAGUACUUGUUGGCCCGUACUAAUAAUUCGUUAAUAAUAUCCGAGAGAACAAGAGACUAGAUCUUCGUGCAGUAAAAAUCCAACGUAUUUAAACUUGAAAAAAAAAGUAAUUUAUUUUAUCUAAUUCAGCUGAAAAUAAUGCCCCACCUCAAUUGCUCCAAUUACUCAAUAUUUUAAACUCCCUCAUACAGCCCCUGUUUAGUAUCCUCCAACAGCUUGCACAGGUGACUCAAGCUAUGUAUCCACAAAAUGGCCGCUAAUCAGCUGACUGCAGGCUCUUUGUCCAUCCUUUUGUGGAGACAUGGCCACAGCUGACAUACCUCAGAACAUGAGCAGGAGACUAAAAAGGCGUUGGAUGAGGGAUCCCCUUCCUUAGACAACCUAAGUAAUUGGAACAAGUUAGGGAAGAGGUACUGCUGAGUACUUUCCUUCCCCAUGCCUGUCAUGUCAUUAUUUCCUGUAUCGUCAUCACAUUUGCUGAUUGUCAACAAUAUUUUGACAGGCGCAAAUAUAUUUGUUAUUGACAAAAAAAAAAAAAAAAAAAAAAUUAUUAAGUAAAUCUGAUCAAACUUAGUGUUAAGCUUCUAAAUUAAAAUAAUUUGUAAUGAGAAGAAAAAAAUAAAAUUUAAAAUUAAAAUUGAACAUCAAAAUUUAAAUUUAAAUAUGUGAGUUUUUCAAGCGUUCAAAUAUUAUUGCUGAUGCUCUUUUUUCAGAUUAAUUGCCAAAUUUCGUUCAGAAAAUCUACAUAUAAAUGACGUUCUAUUUCCAUCAGGAGUAGGAAUUGAUUCAACACAAUACUUUUCGCAAUUAAGAAAAUUUGGCCGAUAAAUAACACUUAGACUAGGUUCUAGACCACAUUAGUCACUCGCAAUAAAUGAUAAAACUUUGGAUGAAACGUUUGCC